AGUUGUACUGUAUACAGAUAUAGGCUUUUAUAUAGAGAAAGCCUAUAUCUAGGUCAAUAUACAAUAUGUAUGUACAUAGAUUAGAUGUAUAUCUAAAUAGUACAUCAAAAUAACAGUCCAAUUCUAUUAUUUUUUUGGCUACAUUUACUUGUGUGGAUUUCGAUCAAUUCAAAAUAAUUGAAGACCAACUCUUCUAAUUCCUGGCUUUCUUAGAAUUUAUAUAUAUAGGUAUAGGUCCCGAGAUCUAUCAAAGGAAUCAAUGGAGCAAGACAAAAAGAGUAUGGGCAUAUUCUACUAUAAAUUAAAUAAAAAAAAAGAUAAAAGAAAACGAAACCAAAGAAAAGAAUCUUUUUCUUUUUUUAGAUUUCCCAUCUCAAGAAGUCAUUGCUUGAUCUAUUAACAGAUGAUCUGCGGAGUUCUAUUCCAUGAUAACUUCUUCAGAUUUGAAAAAGAAGUAGAUUAAUAGAGUAGACCUUCCCAAUUUUUUAUGCUUAAACAUGACAUGAGAUGAGUCAAAAAAAGCAUAAAAAAAUCUCUAGGAGUCUAAAAAAAAGGUGAAAUGCGCGAUAUGUGGAUCGCUCAACGGAAGAAAGAUCUAAUCUUAUUAUGUGUAGAACCUCUUUGGACAACAACUAGUCAUUUCCAAUAGAAAGUAUGUAUUGUCGUAAUCUAAUAUAAUUAGAAUAGCGGAACGGCUUUCUCUUCUCUUAGAACAGUAAAAGUAAAGAAAGAGGGAAACAAAUAAAGAAAAAAAGAAAAAACCAAUUUCAGAUUUUUUCUUUUUGUAAUAUCCAUAAUUCUGGUAAGAGCUGGUUUAUCAAAAUAGAAUAUUUAGGAAGAAUUCGGUUGGAAAAAAUUUCCUAUCAUGCGUAGAUUUAGGUUUCGAAAUACAACUAUAGUAAUCAUUCAUUCUUUGAUCGAAUGGUUAUUAUUCAUUAUUGUAUUUUCUUAUUCAUUACUGUAUUUCAGUAUAAUUUUGAAACAGAGACAUUCUUUUUUUAAAGCUUUGCAAAACGAUCAAUUAAACAAUUGAUAGAAUUCAAUUACUCAAUCGAUUACUCGAUUAGUAGUACCCCUAGAGUCCACUCCUUCCCCAUACUACGAGUGAGAGGGAAAAUGUAAAGACUACCAUUAAAGCAGCCCAAGCGAGACUUACUAUAUCCAUAUAAAUUAUGUCUCCUAUCUCUAUGAAGGAAUUAUUCCAUUAUUGAUCAAUAAUCAUAGUGGAAUCAAUGGCGCAGAGUCAAAAUGGAAUUCUGACUUAACUUAAGGCUAUUGAUGAACCAAUCCAAUGAAUCUACUCGUAACAAGAUUAUAAGAUUUCUGGUAGAAUCGGGAAGCAUUAAGCAUAAAUACAAUACACACACCUUUUCUCGGAAAAUGAAAUAACAAAGGAAUACUCCUAUCCCAAUGGAACAUGUAGGAGUACUAAGACCUAUUGUUUGUUACCCUUUUUCAUAAGCAAAAGACAUCAAAAUAUACCAUCAAGAUAGAUAACUAUCUAUCAGAUACCUCUAUUUCCUAUUUGAUCUAAGCCUUACUGUUUUUUUUGUGAAAGAAUGGGGAGACACCAUCACCAGUAUUACAUACAUUCUUUCUUUUUUUCGUAAUCCCCCUAUCUUACACGGGCAAAGAAAUUCCUACACGGGCAAAGAAAUUUUUUUGUUUCUUCAACUUUUACUUUUACUCUUUACUCAAUAAGAGCCGACCAACUAUCCUGAUUGAAUGUUUGAGUACUCAGAGACUCUCGUGAGUCUGGAUACAAAGUAUCUUCAGUCCUUUCCACAACUUCUAAAUUGAUUUCCCAUCAGCCUAUCCAAUCGAAUUCCAGACAGAGUCAGUAGACACAACGGUGGUAGUGUAAAAUAAUUAGGAAUUCUUGAUAGUCUUUCGUACAAUCUCUUCUUCAAUCCUAGUAGCAAAAAUGGAGUGUCCUUUAGGAACCUUUGGAUACCAAGAUUUCCGACCUCUUACUUUCGUAGUUUUGAAUCCCAGAAUUUACUUUCACUAUUUAUUUAUUCUACUUAUAAAAUAAAUGUCCGAACCAAUCAUAAUCAUAUUAAAAUCAUAAUCAUAUUAAUAAGUAAGGCUUACUUCAUCCCUAUUUGUACCGGUUUGGGCCACACCCAAAGCCCGGAUUUUUAGAAAAAAAUUGACUUUCUUUAAAAAAAUUGACUUUCUUUAUAGAACUACAGAUUCUAAAAAUAAAGUAUCGAUAGGCUUAUCCUUUUGCCUCUCCUUCUCCGGGGACAGAAUUCGUCGAGUUAAAUCAGCAGAAUAAGAAAUCCCAAGUUUUUUGUUGAUCAGGCGACACCCAGAUUUGAACUGGGGAUAAAGGAUUUGCAGUCCCCCGCCUUACCACUUGGCCAUGUCGCCAAACCAAAUUCGAUCCAAAUAAGAUAAAAAAUAGAUUUCUGGUCAAAGACUGAAAAAUUCAGGGCAAAUUGGAACCAUUAACUAUUUGUUUUGUUGUUUUGAAUUAGCGAAAGGUUCUUCAAUUUGUAUCUCAAAUUGUUGCGUUUCCUUAAUGGCAUAACAAAAUCAAAUUGAUUUAUGACUAAUUCAGUAUCAAUUAUUUUCAAUAAUCAAUCUUUUUCAAUUUCAAUUAUAACAAUAUAAAUUAUAACAAUAUAUAUGUGUAUAUGUAAACCUCAAAACAGAAAUUGUUACACAGAUACCGCUCUUAUGUACAUAUCCCAUAUCCCUAUAGAGAAUCGUCGUGCCUUCUUUUUUCAUUUUCUAUAUGCAAUAGAAAAAAUAGGAAUUAUGAUAUAGUGCGACCUGACUUCUGUUGCCACAAGUGAAAUUACGAUAAAAGAUGUGAUAUGCGGACAGGUAGAUAGCUAUAUUGGCAUGCACUUAAUAAAUAUUACUCCUAUUACGCAAUUCAAUCAUAUUCUAUAUAUUCUACUAGCAAAAAAAUAAUUCGAAAUUUUUUUUGAACAUGAAAUGAAACUCAAAUAAAAUUAAGUAUGCUAAAAAGGGAAACUCUAUAUUGUUCCUGUUGUACCUGUCGCAAAUUCGAACUUGCGUCGAAAAUGCUCUUCAUUCCUCUGUCUCAUUUCCGUUCAUACGUAUGAAAUACAUAUAUGGUAUAUGGAGUUGGCUAAAAUUUCAUGUGAUUCAGUAAACAGAAUAUACAUUCCAUCAUUGCUAGAUCGAUCCGUAUGGUUCGAUAAAUAGUGAGCUAAUAAUGGGAUUUUUCAAUAAACAGGAAACUUAAGAUUAAGAUGCUCCGGAAUGAUGGAAAUGAGGGAAUGUCCACAAUACCUGGAUUUAGUCAGAUCCAAUUUGAGGGAUUUUGUAGGUUCAUUAAUGAGGGCUUGACGGAAGAAUUUCAUAAGUUUCCAAAAAUUGAAGAUACAGAUCAAGAAAUUGAAUUUAAAUUAUUUGUGGAAAGAUAUCAAUUGGUAGAACCCUUGAUAAACGAAAGAGAUGCUGUGUAUGAAUCACUCACAUAUUCUUCUGAAUUAUAUGUACCCGCGGGAUUAAUUUGGAAAACCGGUAGAGAUAUGCAAGAACAAACCGUUUUUAUUGGAAACAUUCCCCUAAUGAAUUCCCUGGGAACCUUUAUAGUAAAUGGAAUAUACAGAAUUGUGAUCAAUCAAAUAUUGCAAAGUCCUGGUAUUUACUACCGUUCAGAAUUGGACCAUAACGGAAUUUCUGUCUAUACCAGCACAAUAAUAUCAGAUUGGGGAGGAAGAUCGGAAUUAGAAAUUGAUAGAAAAGCAAGGAUAUGGGCCCGUGUAAGUAGGAAACAAAAAAUAUCUAUUCUAAUUCUAUCAUCAGCUAUGGGUUCGAAUCUAAGAGAAAUUCUAGAUAAUGUUUGUUACCCUGAAAUUUUCUUGUCUUUCCCGAAUGAUAAGGAGAAAAAAAAGAUUGGGUCAAAAGAAAAUGCUAUUUUGGAAUUUUAUCAACAAUUUGCUUGUGUAGGCGGGGAUCCGGUAUUUUCUGAGUCUUUAUGUAAAGAAUUACAAAAGAAAUUUUUUCAACAAAGAUGUGAAUUAGGAAGGAUUGGUCGACGAAAUAUGAACCGGAGACUGAAUCUUGAUAUACCUCAGAACAAUACAUUUUUAUUACCACGAGAUGUAUUGGCUGCUGCGGAUCAUUUGAUCGGAAUUAAAUUUGGAAUGGGUACACUUGACGAUAUGAAUCACUUGAAAAAUAAACGGAUUCGUUCUAUAGCGGAUCUGUUACAGGAUCAAUUCGGACUGGCUCUUGUUCGUUUAGAAAAUGCGGUUCGAGGAACUAUAUGUGGAGCAAUUCGGCAUAAAUUGAUACCGACUCCUCAAAAUUUGGUAACUUCAACUUCAUUAACAACCACUUAUGAAUCGUUUUUUGGCCUACAUCCUUUAUCUCAAGUUUUGGAUCGAACUAAUCCAUUGACACAAAUCGUUCAUGGGCGAAAAUUGAGUUAUUUGGGUCCUGGAGGAUUGACGGGGCGAACUGCUAGUUUUCGGAUACGAGAUAUUCAUCCUAGCCACUAUGGACGUAUUUGUCCAAUUGACACGUCCGAAGGAAUCAAUGUUGGACUUAUUGGAUCCUUAGCCAUUCAUGUGAGGAUUGGCCAUUGGGGAUCUAUAGAGAGUCCAUUUUAUGAAAUAUCUGAAAGAUCAAAAGAGGCACAGAUAGUUUAUUUAUCACCAAAUAGAGAUGAAUAUUAUAUGGUAGCAGCGGGAAAUUCUUUGGCCUUGAAUCGGGGUAUUCAGGAAGAACAGGUUGUUCCAGCCCGAUACCGUCAAGAGUUCCUGACUAUUGCAUGGGAACAGAUUCAUCUUAGAAGUAUUUUUCCCUUCCAAUAUUUUUCUAUUGGAGCUUCCCUCAUUCCUUUUAUCGAGCAUAAUGAUGCGAAUCGGGCUUUAAUGAGUUCUAAUAUGCAGCGCCAAGCAGUUCCGCUUUCUCAGUCCGAGAGGUGCAUUGUUGGAACUGGACUGGAACGCCAAACGGCUCUGGAUUCGGGGGUUUCCGCUAUAGCCGAACACGAGGGAAAGAUCAUUUAUACUGACCCUCACAAGAUCAUUUUAUCAAGUAAUGGGGACACUACUAUAAGUAUAAGUAUUCCAUUAGUUAUCUAUCAACGUUCCAACAAAAAUACUUGUAUGCAUCAAAAACCUCAGGUUCCGCGGGGUAAAUGCAUUAAAAAAGGACAAAUUUUAGCGGACGGUGCGGCUACAGUUGGGGGGGAACUUGCUUUAGGAAAAAACGUAUUAGUAGCUUAUAUGCCAUGGGAGGGUUACAAUUCUGAAGACGCAGUACUAAUUAGCGAACGUCUGGUAUAUGAAGAUAUUUAUACUUCUUUUCACAUCCGGAAAUAUGAAAUUCAGACUCAUGUGACAAGCCAAGGACCUGAAAGAAUCACUAAGGAAAUACCACAUCUAGAGGCUCAUUUACUCCGCAAUUUAGACAGAAAUGGAGUUGUGAUGCUGGGAUCUUGGGUAGAAACAGGUGAUAUUUUAGUAGGUAAAUUAACACCUCAGACAGCAAACGAAUCGUCGUAUGCUCCAGAGGAUAGAUUAUUACGAGCCAUACUUGGAAUUCAGGUAUCCACUGCAAAAGAAACUUCUCUAAAACUACCUAUAGGCGGAAGAGGUCGCGUUAUUGAUGUGAGAUGGAUCCGGAAAAAGGGGGGUUCCUGUUAUAAUUCAGAAAUGAUUCGUGUAUAUAUUUCACAGAAACGUGAAAUCAAAGUAGGUGAUAAAGUAGCUGGAAGACAUGGGAAUAAGGGUAUCAUUUCAAAAAUUUUGCCUAGACAAGAUAUGCCCUAUUUGCAAGAUGGAACACCUGUUGAUAUGGUCUUCAACCCAUUAGGAGUACCAUCACGAAUGAAUGUGGGACAGAUAUUUGAAUGCUCGCUCGGGUUAGCGGGGGAUCUGCUAAAGAGACAUUAUAGAAUAGCACCUUUUGAUGAGAGAUAUGAGCAAGAGGCUUCGAGAAAACUAGUGUUUUCCGAAUUAUAUGAAGCCAGUAAGCAAACAAAAAAUCCAUGGGUAUUUGAACCCGAAUAUCCGGGAAAAAGCAGAAUAUUUGAUGGAAGAACAGGAAAUCCUUUUGAACAACCUGUUCUAAUAGGAAAGUCCUAUAUUUUAAAAUUAAUUCAUCAAGUUGAUGAUAAAAUCCAUGGACGUUCUAGUGGACAUUACGCACUUGUUACACAACAACCCCUUAGAGGAAGGGCGAAGCAAGGGGGACAACGAGUAGGGGAAAUGGAAGUUUGGGCUCUAGAGGGAUUUGGUGUUGCUCAUAUUUUACAAGAGAUGCUUACUUAUAAAUCUGAUCAUAUUAGAGCUCGUCAAGAAGUACUUGGUGCUACGAUCAUUGGAGGAAGAGUAUCUAACCCAGAAGAUGCUCCAGAAUCUUUUCGAUUGCUCGUUCGAGAACUACGAUCUUUAGCUCUAGAACUGAAUCAUUUCCUUGUAUCUGAGAAGAACUUCCAGAUUAAUAGGAAGGAAGCUUGAUCUGAAUGAAUCAGAAUUUCUAUUCUAUGAUUGACCGGUAUAAACAUCAACAACUUCGAAUUGGACUAGUUUCUCCUCAACAAAUAAAGGCUUGGGCCAACAAAAUUUUACCUAAUGGAGAGAUAGUUGGAGAGGUGACAAAGCCCUAUACGUUUCAUUAUAAGACCAAUAAACCAGAAAAAGAUGGAUUGUUUUGUGAAAGAAUCUCUGGGCCCAUAAAAAGUGGAAUUUGUGCUUGUGGAAAUUAUCGAGUGAUUGGAGCUGAAAAAGAAGACCCGAAAUUUUGUGAACAAUGCGGGGUGGAAUUUGUUGAUUCUCGGAUACGAAGAUAUCAAAUGGGAUACAUCAAACUCGCAUGUCCAGUGACUCAUGUGUGGUAUUUGAAACGUCUUCCUAGUUAUAUCGCGAAUCUUUUAGAUAAACCCCUUAAGGAAUUAGAAGGCCUAGUAUACUGCGAUGUGUGAUUUGAUCAAAAUUUUCGUUUUACAGAUUCGGACUGAGAAACUGUCAUCCCAUUCAAUCCGAUUGGGGUGCCCCCGGCUCUGACAUGUGUUUUGGGAGAAGUAAAAGUAACACGAAACUCAGAAUUAUAGGUGUAUUCAAUACUUCCAAAUGCAAGGGGAAUUGAUCCAUGGUCGAUUCCGUAUAAAUAGGAAUUGCUAGUUAUACCUCGUGAAAAAACACUUUUUUGUGGAAUCAGCUAUUCCAUUUCUUUAUAGAGAGAUUCCGUUUAAGCAAGCAAAUAUAGUAUGGUUACAGAAGUCUAUCUAUCGCAUAUAUGCUUCAAGGGGCAUCAUGGGAUAACCAUCGAGGUGAGUAGGGACCUAAAGGAUCGAAUAGAACGAUAUAUAGACAAGUAAAUCCCUUACGAGUCCCAAAGUAUUCUUUUAAGGGGAUUCAUCAUUUGACGGGAAGUAGACUACUCAAAAAUCCUACAUUUUUAUUUUGUCAUAAGUAAUUCGGAAAAUGAAAGUAAAAAAAGAAGAAUGAAUCGUUGGUCCUUAGUGGGAACUUGAGUAAGGAGUAGUUCUUUGUUUGUAGGGUUUUUCGAACAAACUUUUUAAAUAAGAAAGAAUCCCCUUUUUGAGGUAACUACUUGAGCCGGAUGAAAGGAAA